AUUGACGUAGCACAGCAACACGGUGCUUGUAGCCAUAAAAAAAAAACUUUGUGCUGGAAUUCGACACUACUGCAUUUAUAGAAUCAAUAAUUAUUAACCUACUUUAUCGUUGUUCUCGUGGUUCUGUUAAGUAAUUAAGAUAAAAGAAAAGAAGCCCGCAAUCAAUAAUAAAAUACUUACUCACUAUUAUUGUAUGAGAAGACUAAGUUGCUUGGUAGUGUAGGUACAAUUUAUACCGUAAUAAUUAAUUAUCGUUAAAAUAGGUAUAAGUAAUUUAUCUUAAUUGUCGUAAUGAAUAGAAAAAGAAAUGUUGCGUAUACUAAGCCAGAAGAUCCAGAGUUUUUAAAAAAUAUUAAACGGCAAGCAGGUUACGAUGACAGAAAUCCCAAAUUCGACAAAUAUGAAAUAACCGAUAGCGACUUUGUUGAUGAUGAAGAAAGCGAACAACCUCAAGUAGUAGUAUUAAAACAAGGUGAUCUUACGGCGGAAGAGGCCGAAAUAGAAAUGAAAAAAAUUGAGAUAGAGGAGUCAGAAAUUAAAGCAGACCUAACGCAAAGAGUAAUCUUUAAAUCCAAACGUUCCACUGAUAAAAUAUCUUCAACAAAAAACCGAAAAUCAGACAUUGAUAAAAAAUUUAAAGUGAUGGACAAGAAAUCUCGGAAUUUAUUAUCAUUUGAUGAUGAUGAUGAUGAAGAUGAAAAUUAACACAUUGACUGUGCUUUAUACAACAGUUGUUUUUUUGGGCACAAUGUGUGAGUGCAACUACUAAACAUCUGGUGUGUACCUAUCUAAGACUAUCUCACUCACUUCUAUUGUGCAGGCAAAUGCCUGUACAGGACAACACAGACUGCAUCUACACUGGUGAAUGGUGAUGUUUCAAUGUUUUGGCACUGCAAUUAAUCUAUUAAUAAUAAAUCCAAGAUGAAAAUAUCUAUUAGUUAACACAUAAGGAAUCAAGGGUGUAUGGGAGGAUGUACGUAUCCCAGGAAUUCUUUAUAAUUCUGGCAGAUCAUAUGGAACGCAUAAGUUGUUGGUUUAUUACAAAAAGAAUAACACCAAUUAUCCUGGACUUGUACAUUAAUAUUGUGAAUACAAUGGUUAUUACAUGUGGCUUAAGUAACAGUUGUGUUUUUCUGAGCACAAUGCACAUGCGGCUGGCACAUGCCUGGCACUUUGUUCUGAAGACUUGCUCACAUACAUUGUGUAACUUAACACCUGUGUGGAAUAACACCUUCAUGCAUAGCAGCCAUUUUAGAGGAUAAUUCAUUGUUUGGGUGCUAUAGUCAAUGUGAUAUAUACAAAAAAAUUAAGAAAAACUAUUUUAGCAAUAUUAUAACAUAAUAUAAAAUAUA